AUGAUGCGCAAGAAGAGGAGGUCAUCUCUAAAUGAAGGUGCCACGGCGCUUGACAUGCCAAAGGCAAAGAAGGGCAAAGCCGCUGGACGUUCGUCCAAAUCUGCAGUUCAGAAGGAUGUCUCUGAUAAUGUGUUUGUCCAGUUUCUACGAGAGUCGGGCGUCACUCUGAAACAGGGCAAUGCACCCAACGAAAUAGUUGUAGAUCAAGUGGUGUUCCAGAAGCGACUACAGCAAUGUUUAAAGCGGAGUCCCAGAUACCCAAACAUUAUCCAGGAGUUUAUAGCUGGACUGGAAUCUCACAUUGAGGAUGCUGAGAGGUUAAGAAACUGCCUUCUGCCGUGUGUACCACGCUCGGGAGAGGACAAUGACGGGUAACUCUCCAGCUCGUAUCAGGAGAGUCUGUUUCGUCUGUUGCUGGGUAUGGAAAUGCUCCAGACUCAGGUCAUAAACACACUGUUUGAGAAGCUUCCCGAGUUCAUGUUUGAAGGAGCUGGAGAGGAUGGUUUGAACGUUCCACGCGUGAUCAUCAACCAGCUGAAGUGGCUGCACCGAGUAGUGGACACAAAGGAUUUGGCCAGUAAACUGAUGCAGCUGGUUUCCGUGGCGCCGCUGGAGGUGCAGCGUGAUGUCAUUACCAGUUUGCCGGAGAUACUGGAGGACUCUCAGCACGCCGACGUCGCCAAGGAUUUGAAUGCCCUGCUACAGGAGAACACCCAGCUGACUGUACCUAUACUGGAUGCUCUGUCCAGUCUCAACCUCAGCUCUGCCUUACUGGCUGAGGUGCGUGUGGCAGUGAUGGCCACUCUCUCUGCAGUGCAGUUGGAGGAUCUCCCCGUGCUGGUGAAGUUCAUCCUUCACUCGAUCUCCGCCUCCGAAGCAAAUGAGGUCGUGUCUGAUCUGCGUAAGAAGCUGGAGCUGGAACAGUGUGUUCUACCUGCGGUUCUCCAGGCGUCUCAGAACCAUGAGAAGAAUAAAAAAAACACUGGAUCCUCCAGUGUCCCAUCAUGCAACAGCAGUCAGGACAGCGUUGCUCUAACUCUAGAGGUCAUGAAAUCGGCCGUUCGCUUCCAGAAAAGUAUCUCAGAGGCCUGGCUCAAGACCAUCGAGAGUAUUGACGAGGCCAAAGAUCAUAAGGUGAUUGAUCUGUUGAUGCUGCUCAUCUUACACUCCACCAAUGCCAACAACAGCCGGCGCGGGGUGGAGAGGAUACUGAAGGUCAAAGUGCGUCAGGGUCUGAUUCAGGAGACACUACUACAGAAGACCUUUAGGGGUCACGCCCAGGUGAUGAGGGGCUGUUUCUCCUCCAUCCUGGCCCUGGCCCAGGGUUUGCUGCGGUCUCCAGACUGCUGUGUCGUCCCGUUCGGGGGUCACAUGUAUAAACUGGCCUUCACCUUCUUCGACCCUUACUGCCAGCAGGAGGUGGUGGGCUCCCUGGUAACCCACGUGUGUAGCGGCGCUGGAGGAGAGGUGGACGCUGCCUUGGAGCUGCUCUGUCAGUUGGUGUCGGACACGCCUUCAGAGAUGGCCCGGUACGGCGUCUUCAUCAAGGGCAUUCUGGACUACAUGGAGAACCUGAGUCCUCAGCAGAUCCGUAAACUUUUUCUCCUGCUCAGUUCUGUGGCUUUUGGACCGGACCAGCAUGGAAGACACAUACAGGAUGACAUGCACAUUGUGAUCCGUAAGCAGCUGUCCAGUACUGUGCCCAAGUAUAAGCGUAUCGGCAUCAUAGGCGCCGUUAUGGUUGUGGGCAGCAUGGGAGCUCUGAGAGACACUGCUGAUAAGUCCAAAGCUGGAACCCUGACUGAAGACACUCACAGACAGGUGAAUGCCUUGCUGGAGCUGUUGCGCUCAUGCAGUCAGAGUAACCCUGAGGCUUGUGCUCUCUACUAUGAUGAACUGGCCAACAUGGUGCAGAUGUGUAAACUGGAUCCCGCUGUUCAGGACAGGAUAGGUAAGACUGUGUUGGAGGACUUCCAGGAUGACUUUGUGGUCGAUCUAGGUCCAGAAAUACAGGGGUCCUAUCCCUUCCCGCCGUCUGUAUUGUAUGACCUGGAUGAAGGAGGCAUAGCUGUGAACCUGCUGCCUCUGCUGGCCCAGGAUCUUCAGCACAGAGCAGACACCCACAGCCACACAGGAGACAAGAGCAGCAGACUGGUGUCUCCUCUGUGUCUGUCUCCGUUUUUCCGCCUCCUGAGAUUGUGUGAGGAAGAACAAAACCAGGGAGACCUGGAUGAGAUUGAUGCUCUCCUGGGCUGUCCUCUGAUUCUGACUGACAUGGAGGUGGUGGAGAAAGUGGAGAGUUUGUCCAAAGUUGAGAAAGAGUUUCUCUGCUCUCUGCUCUUCUAUACCAUUAACUGGUUCAGAGAGGUGGUGAAUGGGUUUUGCAGACAGAAAGACCCUGAGAUGAAAAUGAAAGUUGUGACUCGUCUUCAGAAUAUCACCUACCUCCAGACUCUACUGGAGCGCUGCCUCGCAGUCACUCCCGGCUAUGUCCCUCCACUGGCCAACUUUGACUGUGAGAGCGCUGAAGGACUGGCCCCGCCCUCAUCUGCUGCCGCCCCCAGAAAACCUAAAAAAGACUCUUCAGGGGGGAAGAGGAAGGCCAGCGUGAGGAAGAACUCCACUGCAGACAGCUCCCUGUUGGAGGAGGGCACAGAGGCUGACGAGUCACUGCAGGAUCAUCCGGAGAAAGAGACGGAGAAGGAGAAAGAGAAAGGGGCGAGGCCUGGCGUUAGUCUGUCGUCCUAUAGGCCGUUUUUCAGAGAGCUGGAUCUGGAGGUCCUGGGUGUUCUGCAGUGCGGCCUGCUCUCGCGAUCGCUGCUCGACAGUGAGCUACACAGCAAGCUGAGGGAGGAGGUUCAGCUGGGCCCAUCUGAACUGGUUUUCCUGCUGGAGGAUAUGUACCGCAAACUGGACUUCAGUCUGACAGCUUCCCCUGCCAAGAGAGACCCAUUCUUCAAAGCAAAGAGUGACAGAACAGUGGGGUUCUCUCACCUGCAGCAGAAGAGCCCCCAGUACAUUACUACCUGCUGGGUCCAGCUCCUGCCCACGAUCUGUACUCACCUAGAGAACUGCCAUAAUCACUUUCAGAGCCUGUUGUCAAAUCAGCAGGGUGUGGUGGAUGGUCCAGGGGUGGAUGUGAAGGAGCACGAUCUCCUGUCUUCUGCCUAUCAUCUCCUAUUGCAGGUGUUACACACAGCCUUUAGCUGGGCUGGUUUUGGACACGUGGAGAACCGGGCCUUGUUGAAGAAAGCCCUGGGCGUGCUGGCAGAGCGACUGAAGGAAGGAGAGGCCGAACUGACCCUAGAUCAGCUCAUCAAACACAGUUUUGAGUACCUCCUCAACUUCCGCAGUACCUUGCCCAGGAUUAGUUCAGCUCUCUGCCUCACCCAGUUGCUCAUUGUUCUGGCCCAGUUAGCGGGAGCAAACCAGUCCUUCUACAGAGAACAGACUGCAUCCCUCGCCAGAGGUUUCCUGUGUCAAGAGUGGGUGACGGCAAGCGGAGAGAGAGAACGAGGAAACAAGUACAACGACGUCUUACAAACUCUUCUCUGUGUGUAUCUGCAGCACACUGAUGAUGUGCUGAAAGCAAUAGAAGAAAUAGCGGGGGAGGGCAUCACUGAACUUAUGAACUCUUCUAAAGAUGCCUGCUCACGUACCUGGCCCACCUUAAACAGACACACUUUCCUGGUCUUCUAUAAGGCCAUGAUGGCAGAGCUGGACAAAGCAAUACGCAAGAUCCCUGCAGGCAGACAAGCGGACAGCACAGAGGUUCAGAGUGAGAAGCUGUUGACAUGGAACCUUGCGGUCAGAGAUUUUCACAUUCUCAUUAAUCUGGUCAAGGUGUUUGACAGCAGACCUGUUCUCAAUGUUUGUCUUAAGUACGGCCGUCUCAUCGUCGAGUCAUUUCUCAAACUGGCCAUGCCUCUACUGGACUUCAGCUUUAAAAAACACAAGGAUGACGUGCAGAGUUUGCUCAAGACCUUCCAGCUCAGCACCAGACAACUCCACCACAUGUGUGGUCAUUCAAAGAUCCGGCAGGAUAUGGGUCUGACCAAUCACGUUCCGGCAUUGAAGAAGAGCCUGGAGUUGUUUGUGUUUAGGGUGAAGGCCAUGCUAACGCUGAAUCACUGUCAGGAGGCAUUUUGGCUGGGGAACCUGAAGAACAGAGACCUCAGGGGUGAAGAAAUUCUUUCCCAGAGAUCACAGGAGAGUGAGGAAGAGGAGGAGGAGGAGGAGGAAGAGUCUCAGUUAGAGCAGGAGCAGUCAGAGGAGGACGAGGGCAGGCAAAACGGACAGAAUGAUGAUGGAGAUGAAGAUGAGGAUGAGGAGGAGACAGAUGACUCUGACUAA